AUGGCGGAAGCAGUUGAAUUUCAAAUGCCCAUCCAAUUAAGGCAAUUGUUUGUAAACAUUUGCGUUCAUUGCUCCCCAACCAACGCUCAAUUACUGUUCAACAACAACCUGCAACAUCUCAUGGAAGACUUCACAAGACGAGGCCAUGAAGAUGAAAUUGCGAAAAACCUUGCGCUCAAAUGUAUUCAAGAUAUGUUAAGGCAUAGUGGUCACAAUCUUGAAGAAUUCCAAUUGGCAGUCCCUGAUUUUCAAAUGAUCCAUCGGCUGAUUGAAGAGGAAGAAGAUGAAGGCUCGGAUGAGGUGCGUGCUCAGAAGAUAAGAAGAGGAGAAAUAAUGGUUGCCCAGCUGAACACGGAACAGCAAGCGAUUUUCGACCGAGUCAUGACGUCAGUGAAUGAUCACGGUCAUUCAUCUGUGAACAAUCAGUUUUUUUUGGAUGGACCUGGUGGAACUGGAAAAACUUUCCUCUACAACUCGCUCAUUAAUGUGCUUGAAGGACAAGGAAAAUCAGUGAUUGCUGUCGCUUCUACUGGAAUCUCUUCGAUUUUAUUGAGUAAUGGAAGUACUUACCAUUUACGAUUCAAAAUCUAUCCUCCAAUUACGGAAACAACAACGUCAAAAAUAGAAGAGCACCAUGUUGAAGCACACAACAUCAGGAAAGCCAGCCUUAUCAUCAUUGACGAGGUCACUAUGAUGACCGUGCAUGCGUUAGACGCCAUCGAUAAACUUUUCCGAAAGGUCACGAAAAGUUCAGUCGCUUUUGGUGGUAAGGUGCUGUUGUUGGGAGGAGAUUUUCGUCAGUGCCUUCCUGUCAUUAAACACGGUAACAGGGUGAAAAUUGUUGAAUCGACCAUUAAAAGCAGCAGGACUUGGAGUGACAUUUUAAAGCUUCGUUUGAGUCGAAAUAUGCGAACCGCGGGCGACAGUGUCGAGUUCGCCAAUUGGCUCAUUCAUCUUGGAAAUUCAACUCAUUCAAGAACGGCAAGUCUGGGACCGGAUGCGAUAGAGAUACCACAGGACUUCCUUCUUGAUGGCCAUACAGAAGAGUCACUGGUUAAUCAUGUUUUUGGUGAUCCCGAAAAUCUAUUACUUCCGGAAGUAGAAGAGCAAAUUACCACUCGCGCUAUUUUGUGCCCAAAAAAUGAUGACUGCUUGAAAAUCAACAAUUACAUCAUCAGACAGAUGCCAGGCCAGCGACGGAGAUAUGCCAGCAUGAACUCGAUUGAAUCGGAAGACCCAGAAGAAAUUGCAAACUUCCCGACAGAGUUUCUUGACACCUUAAAGAUGUCUGGUAUACCACCGCACAUUUUGGAACUGAAAGUGGGUGCCAUCAUCAUCCUUCUUAAGAACAUCGACUCGCGUCAAGGGCUCUGCAAUGGAACACGCUUGAUCAUCAAAACUCUUACGGACAACCUCAUUCAUGCAACAAUAGCAGCUGGGAAAAAUAAGGGCCACAAUGUCUUCAUCCCACGAAUGAAUAUGUCACCGAGUGAUUGUGAUCUUCCCUUCAAGCUAAUCAGGAACCAAUUUCCUGUCCUUUUGGCUUUCGCAAUUACCAUCAACAAGUCACAAGGACAGACGUUCGAUAAGGCAUACCAGGUCCUGGCCCAGAAGUAUACCAUCCAUAUGGUAGGACCAAAGCAAGGGAAAAUGCUGAAAGACGAAAGAGUUUUUACACAAAACAUCGUGUUCAAAGAAGCUCUUUCGUAA